UACCUAUUUUACUUCCAUUCUGUUUGCAAUUGUAGCAAAAAUCUAUCCCAAGAAAGUAAAUUAAAUUUCAUUUGUGAAAAUCCUGCUGUUAAUUACGUUUAAGAAAAGGAAGCGAAAUGGGUCUUUUGGAUUUAUGUGAAGAGUUGUUUGGAGAACGAGAUCUUUAUAAAUUGUUGGAUUUGGAAAAAAAUGCAUUGCCAAGAGAUAUAAAAAAAGCAUAUUACAAGAUGUCUUUACAAGUUCAUCCAGAUCGUGUUGAGGAGGAUGAAAAGUCUGCAGCUACAGAAAAGUUUAAAGUUUUGUCCAAAGUUUAUCAGGUACUAUCCGAUAAAGAGAAGCGCGAUUUAUAUGACGAGCAAGGUGUUAUUGUUGAUGAGGAGGACGAAGGAAAACUAAGUUCAUGGAUAGAUCUGUGGAGACAAGUGUUUAGACGGGUUACUGAGGAAGAUAUUAUUAAUUACGAAAAUUCUUAUGUUGGUUCUGAACUGGAACGAGACGAUAUGAAAAAGGCUUAUUUAUCAAGUAAAGGCUGUAUAAAUAAGAUAAUGACUGAAGUGCCAUUUCUGCAUAUUAAAGAUGAGCCGCGUCUACAGAAAAUCAUAAGAGAAAUGAUUGAUGCCGAUGAAGUGCCGGAAUACAAAAUUUUCACGAAUGAGCCAUCUCAGAAACGUCAGCGUCGUCAUAAGAAAUAUGCCCGGGAGGCGAAAGAGGCGGAAGAGAUAAAACAAAAAUUAGGGUCGGGCGAUCUACAAAAACAGAUAUUGAAGCGUCAGGAGGAACGACAGGAUGGUUUUAACUCAUUCUUGGACAAAUUAGCUGAAAAAUAUGCAGAUGGUGACGACAGCGAACUAUAUGAUUUUUCAAAGAAAACCAAACCUAAGAAGAAGGCAGCCAAUACUCCAUCGAAAGGCGUCAAGAAGGGGAGGGUACAGAAAAGACGCACUUAGUUUUUUGUUUAUUUUAUGUUUAGAUAUGCGCUGGAGCAUUAGUAUAGUAUGUAGAGGGAAUCACUUAUAUAAAUUUUUUGUUUAAAAAAUGUAUGUGGAAAUACAAAUUGAAUUUAUUAGAAAUGUA